AUGCAGAAUAACUACUUCGUCUGUACGCUUGGCCACGCCACAGCUCUGAGUAGCGGAACGAAACCAUAUCGCACAAUUAGCGAGUUUGUCCGCCACCAAGCGCAGAAUCAUCCGCAACUCCCAGCGGUAGGAUUCGCUGUUCCCAAAACCAGCCCGGAAGAAUGGGAUCAGAAGGUUCUUACCUUUACCGAUGUCGAAAAAGGUUCAAAAUUCUUUGCCCUACGACUUUCAGAGGUUCUGAUCACGCCCCAAAAGUCCGAGACGAUAGCCUUGCUAUGUCAUAGUUCCCCUGAAUUUCUCUUCACCUGGCUGGCUCUGAUGAGAUUAGGGCAUUCCGUUCUCCUGAUAGCACCACAAUGUCAGCCAGCUGCAAUCGUGCACCUUUGCAUGACUUGCAAGGUCUCUGUGCUAUUCCACGACAUUGCUCAUACAGAAAAAGCGCUACAGACUAGUAAGUAUGCGCAAGAGCAAGGACAAAUGGAGUUGAUGCCUCAAUCACUCCCAUUAGCUCAAGAUGAAAGCAUCUUCGAUGUGAUCUCAGAAGCCCCCCACCGUAGCGUCGAACCACUUCUUGGUGACGAGAAGGCUACUGCAUACCUACACCACACCUCGGGAACCUCUUCAGGGCUACCAAAGCCAAUACCGCAGUCCCAUGCUGGAGCCAUUGGCGUUCUCCCAAGCAUUCCCAAAUUACCGGCGGUAGCUUCAUUCACUACCACACCCUUGUACCAUGGUGGUAUUGCCGAUCUGUUCAGGUGCUGGACUAGCAAUGCUAUGAUCUGGCUCUUUCCAAGCAAGGACGUUCCAAUCACCGCUCGAAACAUUUGCAAGUGCCUGGAUGUCGCAAGGGCAUACUCUAGUAUGGAAGGACUGCCUCAGGUCAAGUAUUUCUCUUCGGUGCCAUAUAUCCUUCAGAUGAUGGAGACGGAUGACACUGGCCUGAAAAUGCUUCAAUACAUGGACAUAGUUGGUGUCGGAGGUGCCGCAUUACCAGCAGAUGUCGGAAAUCAUCUCGUUCAAGAGGGCGUCAAACUCAUCUCAAGGUUCGGUAGUGCGGAGUGUGGCUUCUUGCUAUCAUCCUAUCGAGACUUUUCCACAGAUAAAGACUGGCAAUAUUUGCGGAACUAUAACCCAGAGAAUUUACUAAAGUUUGAGCCGCGGGAAGACGGAUUAUCAGAACUCGUCAUCAAGCCAGGUUGGCCGCAUAUGGCAAAAACGAACCGGCCGGAUGGAUCAUUUGCCACAGCUGACUUGUUUGUACUGCACCCUUCUAUCAAGGACGCCUGGAUGUAUCACUCGCGAGCUGAUUCGCAACUCACUUUAAUUACCGGCAAGAAGUUCGAUCCGGCACCCUUGGAAGACGCAUUGUCAACCUCUCCUCUCCUAGACGAUGUGCUCAUCUUUGGUAAUAACCAUCCAUUUCCGGGUGCACUUCUAUUCCGAUCUGCACAGUCCAGUGACAUCUCGAACGAAGAUCUCUUGCAUGCAGUCCAACCAACGUUGGAGAGGCUGAACGGUGAAAGCCAGGAUCAUGCACGAAUACCGUUUACUAUGCUCGUACCGGUGGCACACCAGACCACGCCACUCGAAAAGAGCAGCAAAGGGACCAUAAUUCGGAGGGCGGCAGAGGCUCGAUUCGAGAAACUCAUCAACGGGGCAUACGACCAUCAAGACAGGAUUGAGGAAAUGUAUGUCUCUGAUGAGGAGCUACCUCAAUAUCUUACAAAGCUCAUUCAGAUCAUGACGGGGAAAUCUCAAGAGUUAGAUGAACAUGUGGACCUGUUCUCUUAUGGCGUGGAUUCCAUUGCAUGUAUGCAGUUGAGGGAUCGGUUGAGACGACUGAUACCGAACUACCAGGGCGACUUGCCCAUGAGCAUUGUUGAAGACUGUGGUACUACAGGCCGGCUCACAGACUUCAUUCUCCGCAAACGCCAUGGUAAGUCUGACGAUGGUGUAGAAGACGAAGAUCAAUUGAUGCUGGAUCUGGUUGAAGAAUUCGGCGUUUUCGAGCGACAAGCCCCUCGUGAUCCGGGUUCGAAUACGACAUCAACGAGUAGUACUGGACAGGUUGUCGUGCUCACCGGAGCUUCUGGUGCACUGGGAGGAUGCAUCUUAGAUUUGCUUCAGAAGCAAACAGACGUGUGCAGUGUCUACUGCCUGGUCAGAGGAGCGGAUGAACAUGCAGCAAGGGAGCGGGUCAAUAAGUCGCUAGAGCAGAAAGGUUUAGUGAGCCUGACGUCCAGUGACAAAGUCAAAGUUGUUCCAGCGCAGUUGAGUGAAGAGCGAUUAGGUCUCAGCGAGGACAUGUAUAAUUGCUUGGCCAGGGAAGCAACCUCCAUCAUUCACGUUGCGUGGACGGUCAACUUCCGCUUGAGACUACGAAGUUUCAUCCAAGACAACAUAGCAGGGGUGAAGAACUUGCUUGAAUUGGCUCUGCAAUCGCCACGAGCCCAACGCCCUCGCUUCACGUACUGCUCAUCCACCGCUGCUAUCAUGAAUGGCCCGCUCGACUCAAGCAGUCAACUUGCAGAGAAGCUAUUUUCCAAUCCAUCUGUUGCUUCACCGUUGGGGUACUCUCGCUCGAAAUGGGUGGCAGAGCACAUAUGCCUCCAAGCCCACGAGCGGACCAGUCUCCACGGUCGGAUAGCCGUUGUCCGGGUCGGACAGCUUGCUGGAGAUUCAAGACGGGGGGUGUGGAACACGAAAGAGGCGUGGCCUAUGAUGCUGAGUACUGCGCGAUUGAUUGGAUGCUUGCCUGAUCUGGGUGACGAACCACUGGAUUGGCUGCCCGUAGACGUCGCUGCUCAAGCCUUUCUCCAGGCUACGCAAGCUGACGCGGAGAAGAGGAGUGGUGAGCUGCCGGUGUACCAUGUGCUCAACCCUCACCGUCAGCCCACCUGGCGCGAAAUGUUACCGUGGUUGCAGAAGAAGGAGGGGUUUGAGGUUGUGAGUCCAAAGGAAUGGGUCAAGAGGCUGGAAGCAACAGACAAGACUGAGCAUCCGGCGCUAAAAUUGCUGGGGCUAUGGAAGGAGUCCUACGGCAGACAGACAUCGCAGCCGCCUUCAGCGCGGCCCCUCUUCUCGCUCGAGGAGACGGGCAAGAAUGUGCUGGCUCUGAGAGACGUGAAGCCGGUCGAUGAAGCGUAUACAGGUAGGGUCUGGGACUGGAUACAGGAAAAUGUACGCUAG